GGUUCUUUUCUAGUUUCAAAAUGAAUUUAUUAUCAGUUGUAAUUUUAUGUGUUCAGGGCAUCAUUGUGGUAUUGGCACAACAAUCACAUCUUGGCGAUAACAUUCCAAUAUUUUACAAUCUAAGACAAGUUCUGGAUGUUUUUCAUUCAAAAGAACAUGCAGGACGACAAGAUACACAACGAAUUUUGUAUGCUUUUGAAAACUACUGCUUCAGUCAGUACACAAGAUCUCCUCCAGGGAAAAGGAAGCCGUUUGUUGUUGUUGAAGGGGAUCAUAAGACAAGUACCGACAUCAUCAGCCGAAGACUAGCCAAGAGGUUGGGCGCGACUUUGCUACAGAAUGUUGCCAAGUGCCUGGAGGGGUACAAACGGGUGUUCCCUCAAGGUGACCCGUUACGUCGAGCGUUCUACGGGCUCUCCAUGUACGCGGUGGCUCACAAGGCUAAACUGGUCUACCACCGGUUUCCGGUUGUAGCUAACGGGUACUGGGUUGAACAAACUGUCUUUGGUGUAGGUAACAAGCACGACACUGUUGAAGACAUUCCAACCAGAGGAUCUGCUGUGUAUACCUGGCCCUCCGAUCUUCUCAAACCCGACUUGUUGGUCUACGUCACCUUCCCUGACAACUUCCACAAGAAUAUUGGGACAACAAGAGCGCCGAACUCAUGGAAACAGAGACUUGAAUACAUUUAUCAACAGAUUGAGGAUCCACCAGUCAUCAUCAAAUCCACGGCACAAGGGUUCGACAACAUUACUGCAGAACUGGAAAACACUAUCACAGAUAUGUUCUCAGACACUUUAGAUUGUAAUUUUACACCAAACGAAAUGUGA